GAAAGGGUGCCAAACAUCAGAUUGACUGAUGGUAUGAGAAUACCGAUCAUAGGUUUGGGUACUUAUAAUAUCCGGGAGCAGAAUGUGAUGGAUCAGGUGAUAGAGGAUGCCAUUGAUGUCGGUUACAGACAUAUAGAUACGGCUUAUGAGUACAAUAACGAGAAUUUGAUUGGAAAGUCAUUAAGAAAACUAAUGGAUAGACAGAAAAUAGAGAGAAACGAUAUCUUCGUGACGAGUAAAGUGUGGAAUACUUUCCAUCGAAGGCGUAAAGUAGUGGAAGGCAUGAGACUGUCGCUCAAGAAUCUGGGAUUAGAUUACUUGGACUUAGCUUUAGUCCACUGGCCUAUGGCUUAUAAAGAGGGCACUGAAAAUCACCCGAAACACGCUAAUGGAUCGUCAUUUGAUAUGAAUAUCACAGUUGUGGAGACCUGGAGGGGAAUGGAGGAUGCAUAUAAACUGGGAUUAGUUAAGAGCAUCGGGGUCUCUAAUUUCAAUUCUGAACAAUUAACUCGUGUUUUGAAAGAAACUCAUAUCAAACCAGUUGUCAAUCAAAUUGAAUGCAAUCCAUAUAUAACUCAAGAAAAGUUAGUAAAUUUUUGUAAGAAUAGAGGGAUAGAUGUGGUGGCUUACAGUCCGAUAGGUCGGGGCGAUAAUGAAUUGCUAACUGAGCCCAUGCUUAUGGAAAUGGCCAAUAAAUACAAGAAAAGUGUGGCCCAAGUGAUCAUGCGAUGGCUCCUACAGAGGGGUAUUGCUGUCAUUCCCAAGACUACCAGAAAGGAGAGACUCAUUGAAAACAAAUGUUUAUUUGAUUUUAAAUUAACAAAACAAGAGAUGAGAAGAAUAUUCAGAUUAAAUAAAAAUAAGCGAAUUAUAGCGUUGUCUGAAGCGGUCAACAAUCGUGAGUAUCCUUUCUUAAUACCAUUUUAA